AUGACUGUCGCACUGAACAGACCGUUCGUAGCGGAUUUACGGCAACCUGGAGUCACCGGCCGGAGGUGCGGACCUACCAUUGUCGAAAUGAUUGGAACGGACGAUAAGUCACAUUCGCUCCCUCCUUACUCCGGCCCUCCCCCCCCUCCUCAAAUGCAUCAUCGCAUUCCUCCUGAGGCGGCGCAUGGCCUGGCAAAUGCGCCGGGGGCGUACGAUCAGCCAUGGCGCCCCUACCCGCCGUCCUUCGAGCAGCAUCACGCGGAGCAGCGACGGGCCUCCAACCCCCCUCAACCUUCCCUGCCCCAUGGGUAUCCUGUCAUGCCGAAUCGAGAGUUGCCUCAGCUACCUCCCGACGGGCCGUAUGGUCGGCCAAAUAGUUUGCCUGCUCCCAGUCUCACCCCGACGGAAUCCCAUCCGCCGACUUUCCGCCCUAUGAAUGGAGCUUCGCAUGAUUCCAUCCCUCAUUCGACACCAACGCAUCCAGCUCCUCCUCAUUCGGCGCCCCCCGACUUUCGUUCGCGGAUGACAUAUCCCCCUCAAGAACAGAGCAGUAAUGGCGAUGGCCCCCCUCCCCCUCCUCCAGCUCCACAUACGAUGCCUCCAGCUCAGUUUCCGACGCCGGUCCCGCAUAUUUCACAUACUCCUGCUCCCUAUGAGCCGAACUAUUACCAAAAUCAGGCCUUUGGUAUGCGCCAGCGCAAGGCUGCCCGGGCUCAACAGGAAAAGGCCACCCAGCAGAUCUUGGACAAGAUACAAUAUCUGGAAGAUAAGCUCGACGAGCGUCUGACGCAUUUUCAAACUGUACAGAUGGAACAUGGGAUGCAGCUUAGUAAGAUUUCCAACGAGGUCGGGUUGAAAGAGCCGAAACUUUUGGCUGUCAAAGAUGCCACCCGAUCAAUGCCACCCAAGCAGACACUUGAUAGAUUGCUGAAACCAAGUGCUGCUGAUCUUUUGCUUGAGUCAGAAUCAAAGAAUGGAGAGGGAAUGCAGCAGUUGGAUUCGAAUGACCUCCCAGGACAGAGUUACGUGGAGAGGGAGGACGGCGAGCUGUCCAUCCCCGUGGAACAUACAACGGCUGCCCACAAGCUGCUAUCCUGGCCGUCGAUUAAAAAUCUACUCUAUCCCCGCGAGUACGACGAGGAUUAUGUGAUGAAGCUUGAAGAGCGACGUGGCUUGAUUCGCGUCUAUGGCCGUGGUGAGGGCGACGACGCAAGUGAGGAUCGCAUGUCGCCAACCCCGUUGACUAGUUCGAAUUCCAGCAGCGGAUGGGAUGAUACUCACACCCACCGAGCAUCGCCGAGUAGUCCUUGGACGCAGAGCUCUCAUCCCAGUGGUUUCCCGCAGAAGCUUCGAGACAAGGGGGUUGACGAGUAUGGUACUCUGUGGGCCGAUCCGGACACCGUCCGUCGCUAUCAUCGCAGUUACCUUCAGCACAUACACAAGCUUCAUCCCUUCCUCGACCAGGGUGACCUGGACAAGAAGAUCGAAAUGUUCAUCAAGUUCCAUUGCUUACCGAAGACUUCCGGAUCGACGCCUACAGGGACAGGCGACAUGCCACGAGGUGCAAAAAGGAAAAGGUCAUGUGAAACUUUGCAAGGUGCAGCGUGCGAUUUUCCAACUUCCGCUGGCGUCAGGACAGAAGCGACGAGCCGUCGCAUCGAAAAGUCAAUUGACAACGCUGUUCUCCUUCUCGUGCUUGCGCUGGGCAGCAUCUGCGAAGUGGGAGCACCAGUCCCCGUUCCUGUUACUGAUAACCCCCCGGAUUUUCGCAAAGAGUGGAUCCCUGGCCCGCCCACCCGUAGCGUCCUUUCUCCCGCUGGAUCUGACAUGAUUCUUCCAGCGCAGGGGAGCUUCUACGCACCCCAAGCUGUCCCGUCUCCCUCACCUGUUGACGGUCGGAGAAGCGUCGGAGGGCGGUCAGGGUCAUCGGGCCGAGACGUGCCUGCCAAUCGACAUCUCAGAAACGUCGAUGUCGUUCCGGGUUUAUCUUAUUAUGCAUAUGCCACGCAGAUCCUUGGCGGCCUUCAAGGGGCCAAUGGUUUGCUUCAUGUUCAAGCGGCUUUGCUCGCAGGACUUUACGCCGGCCAGCUGGCGCAUCCUUUCCAGAGUCAUGGGUGGAUAUACCAAGCCGCUCGCGCUUGCCAAGUACUCAUUCGAUCGAAACGCUAUGACCAGAUGCAGGACGGCCCCCUGAAAGACCUCUAUGAUUUCGCGUAUUGGACAUGUCUUCAGCUUGAGAGUGAUAUUCUUGCAGAACUUGAUCUUCCCGCCAGUGGCAUUUCUCGUGCAGAGUCACGUAUAGGUCUACCAAAGGGACGCUUCACACUUGCUUUGCCAAAUGAGAUCUGCGCGCCCAGUACCAUGAUGAUGUUUUUCUAUUCUGCCCAAAUCCACCUCCGGAAAGUCCUUAACCGUGUCCACACUGAUCUGUACAAAGUUGAGAGACAACAAGGCUCUAACACUGCAAACCCGGGCAGUGCCACCAAUGCUGCUGGUUCUGCGAGCGCUGUCAACGCUGCAAUCGCCGCAAUCACAGCUAAUCCUUCCAGCAAUACUACAACUAUGAACAGCUCGAGCAACAACCGGUGGACCUCAAACGUGCAGGAAAUUCUUAGCAUGAAUCUCGAACUGUGGCGAAAUAGUCUUCCAGAGAUCAUGAAAUGGAAAGACACUGAUCCCCCUUCAAAUGACAUAAACGUUGCUCGCAUGCGGGCCAAAUAUUACGGCGCGCGAUACAUCAUCCAUCGUCCUCUUCUAUAUCAUGCUCUGCAUUUUGCUGGACUCCCAAAUCCCAAUCCAACCUCCGCGUCAGUCGAGUCGCCCGCCGGGUCCGUUCUCUCUGGCUCGAAAUCUCAGCAGGUUUCGCCCUCUUUACCACACAGUCAACGGGCUUCAAACAUGGCACGUCUGUCGAGUGAUAUGGGCAUAGCAGUCCAUAGCGCCCCCACUUCCUUCCAAGGAGGCUCGAUGGGCACCAUUGCAUACCGAGACCUUCCGCCUAAGCUACGACGAGCCUGCAAAGUAUGCAUCGACUCUGCAAUUCUGAGUACAGAGGCCUUUGAUGGGAUCGAAGGUCGUCCGAUCGUGACAAAUAUCUUUGGAACUGCUCAUGCGCAAUUCGGCAAUAUGCUCGUGCUGUCUGCGACCUACAUGUCCUGUCUCUCAGAGCUAGUGGACCGAAAUGUGCUGGAGAAACUUCUCAAGCGAACAAUUAGAUUCCUGUUGCAGAGCCGAUAUAUCUCCCCUAGUCUUCGAGCCGAUGCACGGAUCCUGACCGAAAUCUACGAGAAGAUUUUUCGAGAGCCCGCCAACACGAGUUUCUCAUCCGCCUAUAGCUAG